AUGACCGCUGUCGCACUGUUCGUCAGUUUUCUGGCGAUGUCGGCGCUCGCCGCCGAAAUCAAUCCCGACGAGCUCAAGGGAGAAGCUCUCAUGGACUACGUCAACAGCAAACAGAAGUUGUUUCGCGUCGACGUGAACGCCUACAUGAAAAAGUAUCCGGACACGAUUCGCAAACAAUUGAUGGGCGCCAAGAUGGUCGAGGUGCCGGCAAUUGAUCGACUCAACGAGAAAUCGCAUCCCGAAAUCGACGACGCCACAAUUCCGGCGAGUUUCGACUCGCGCGCGCAAUGGCCGUCGUGCUCGUCGAUCGACACGAUUCGCGAUCAAUCAUCGUGCGGCUCGUGUUGGGCGGUGGCGGGCGCCGAGGCGAUCUCCGACCGCAUCUGCAUCGCCACCAACGGCAAAACGCAAGUGUCGAUAUCGGCCGACGACAUUCUGUCGUGCUGCGGACUCAUGUGCGGCAACGGCUGCAAAGGCGGCUAUCCGAUACAGGCGUGGAAGCACUGGGUCAGCAAGGGCUACGUGACCGGCGGCAACUACACGGCGAAGACCGGCUGCAAGCCGUACCCGUAUCCGCCGUGCGAGCACCACAACAACGCCACCCACUACAAGCCGUGUCCCGACGAUCUCUAUCCGACGAACAAGUGCGAGAAGAAGUGCCAAGCCGGCUACCCAUUGACCUAUCAGCAGGAUUUGCAUUUCGGACAGUCGGCGUACGCGGUGUCGAAAAAGGCGACCGAGAUCCAGAAGGAGAUCAUGACGAACGGUCCCGUCGAGGUCGCGUUCACCGUCUACGCCGACUUCGAGGCGUACACUGGCGGCGUCUACACGCACACCGCCGGCGCCAAUCUCGGCGGACACGCCGUCAAAAUGAUCGGCUGGGGCGUCGACAACGGCACACCCUAUUGGCUGUGCGCCAACUCGUGGAAUCGCGAUUGGGGAGAGAAUGGCUAUUUCCGCAUUUUGCGCGGCGUCAAUGAGUGCGGCAUCGAGGGCGGCGUCGUCGGCGGAAUUCCGAAGGUCUAA